GCGGGCACCCUGAGGUUCUGUCCAGUGAGAUCUUGGACCGUGCGCCAGCCGUUCCUCCUGCCGGUCACAUCUCGCCGUUUCUUCUGCCCGUGUCCCCUCGCCGGCCCCGCCAUGCUGUCUCUAGAUUUUUUGGACGAUGUGCGGCGGAUGAACAAGCGGCAGCUCUAUUAUCAAGUCCUAAAUUUUGGAAUGAUUGUCUCCUCGGCACUAAUGAUCUGGAAGGGGUUAAUGGUCAUAACUGGAAGUGAAAGUCCAAUUGUAGUGGUGCUCAGUGGCAGCAUGGAACCUGCAUUUCAUAGAGGAGAUCUUCUCUUUCUAACAAAUCGAGUUGAAGAUCCCAUACGAGUGGGAGAAAUUGUUGUUUUUAGGAUAGAAGGAAGAGAGAUUCCUAUAGUUCACCGAGUCUUGAAGAUUCAUGAAAAGCAAAAUGGACAUAUCAAGUUUUUGACCAAAGGAGAUAAUAAUGCGGUUGAUGACCGAGGCCUCUAUAAACAAGGACAACAUUGGCUAGAGAAAAAAGAUGUCGUGGGGAGAGCGAGGGGAUUUUAUCAGGAGAACAGAUCAGUGAAGGACAGGAAUUGUAAGUUACUGAUUCGUUCCUUACAUUGGGAUUGUGACGAUCCUCAUGAAUGACUAUCCUAAAUUUAAGUAUGCAGUACUGUUUUUGCUGGGUUUAUUUGUGCUGGUCCAUCGUGAGUAAGAAGUCUGCCUUGCUGUUCCUGGAAGAUGCUGUACUUUUUGUUCCUGAAUGUUUGGAGUAGAUAUCAAUCUGUGGUUGGUGGAAUGGAGAACACAUGUUGGCGCUUCUUGGUAGCACUGGUUUGCAUUAGUUUAUGUUUCCACACCAGAGUACGUGUGGGCGGGUGCAUGUGCACCACAGCGUGCACUCGAGGGGACUUUUAAUCACAGAAUUUCAUAAGUUGUCAUUGUCAUACUUUCGCAUUUUUGUACAUCAGUGAAUUUUUUAUAUUAAAAGAUUGAGCCAAA